AGGCUGGCGACACGCAGAAGGCCAUGAGGAACUUGCAGGAGAUGACCCGGUUCUUCGGCAACCGCAGGUACGGGCCCUACAAGGCCUGCCGCGGGCACGCCGCCGAAGACGUCCUCGGCUUCGUGUGCGAGGAGGAGCUCACCGGCUGGCAGGACGUGACUCCGGCGCCGCGGGUGACUUCGGGCCCGCCCCGGGAGGCCUCCUCGCUGCUGGUGCGCACGGAGUCGCUCCAGGUCGGAUUCAACAUGCACGACCCAGAGAGGACGCGCGCGCUGCUCACCGUCUUUACCACCGUGUUCGUCGUGCUGCUCAUGCUGGCCAGCGGCCUGGCCCUCUCCGCGGUGGUCACGGAGCUCGCGGUCCAGCCGCUCGAGCGGAUGCUGGGCACCGUGCGCGCCAUGGCCUCCGCCGUGGGGGCCGACGUCGCCGAGCAGCUCGAGCACGACGGCGAUGAGGAUUACACUGGCACGGAGAACGAGAUGCGUUUGCUGGAGCAGGUUGUCGGAAAGCUGGCCUCCAUCGUGGAGCUGCAGACGGGCUCGAAGGAGGCUGUGAACACGGAGGACCUGGACGACGAGGACGUGGGCAUCCUGAACAUGAUGAACGACAGGGGCAGCUUGAGAGGGGUCAGCGCGUCGGCUGAUAAGCGGCGUCAGUGGAAGUCCACCAUUGUUGGGCUGAGGAGCGUGGGAGCAGCAGAGUUCGAGCUGGAGCCUUUUGGCCUGUCCGUGGGCACGCUGGAUUCCUGGGCCUUCAACUCCCUUCCCAUGACGAACGUACAACAUUGCGCGGUGGCCACGUAUACGAUCUCCGAGUUCCACGACAAGCAAGAAGGCUUCUUCCCCAACCAGGAUGCCGUGGAUGUGCUGAGUUGCUUCGUCCAGUCAUGCGAGAAGGAGUACAAGGCCAACCCCUUCCACAACUUUGCCCACGCGUCGGACGUGGUCCAUGGCACAGCAAAGAUCAUGCGACUGGCGGGCUCCGAGAGGUUCCUGAGCGAGCUCGAUCAGUUCAGCCUGCUCGUUGCAGCAGUAGGCCACGACGUUGGGCACCCAGGAGUGAACAACGGCUUCCUGCUCGAGGUGGGCGACGAGCUUGCGGUGCGUUACAACGACAAAUCUCCAUUGGAGAAUAUGCAUUGCGCCACCCUGUACAGCAUUCUGCAGAGACCAGAGAGCAACGUGCUUCACAGGCUGAGCAGAGCCCAGUAUAAGGAGGUUCGACGCUCUUGCAUCGAGGCAAUCUUGCAUACUGACAUGAUCUCGCACCAGCAGAUGGUCAAGGACCUCAGCCUCCUUUACCAGGUGAACUCAGAGGCCUUCAAAGAAGGCGACACGGACAUAGUGAUUGAGGAGGCGGCUCUCUUCAAGAAGUCAGACCACAAGGUGCUGGCGAUGAACAUGGUUUUGCACUCAGCUGACGUGUCUAACCCCUGCAGAACAUGGGAGGUCACUCAGGAAUGGGGGCUCAGGGUUCUGGAAGAAUUCUUCUUGCAGGGCGAUCAGGAGAAGCUGAAGGGCAUACCCGUUCAGUUUCUGAACGACCGGGAUCACCUGAACAUACCGAAUUCCCAGAUAGGGUUCAUAGAAUUCAUGAUUGCCCCUUUUUUCGUCGCGCAGAUGCAGUUGUUCCCAGGGCUACGCGAGUAUGGGCAGAAUUUGGCCAUCAACAUCGGCCACUGGGAGGAUGUGUGGAACGAGGAGUCCAAGCCGUCUGAGGAGGAGAGGACAAAGGUCUCCCAGCGCGUUGCCAAAGUGAGGGAGAACCUCAGUAACGCGCCUCUGCGGCUGUUGUCCUGAGAGGCAGCCCCGGCACGCCGCGCUGGGUCCUCCCUGAUGCAUUGUCCUGGGUAAGGCCUGAGGCCUUGCCACAUGAGGAGGAGGAGGAGCAUGAGGAGGAGGAGGAGGUCAAGACGAGCGCGUUCGCGUCACGUCUGGCAUCCUACCCCUCCAUCCAAUUUCUCUGUUGUGCCCAGUCUGCUCGAUUCUCCAAUACAGGUGUCGAGUGAGAUCUUGACCCUUGAAUGGUCUUUGCAGCGCGAGGGGCCAGGGGCCAG